AUGAUCAACGCUAUGUUUACGAGUUUAAACCUCGAUAGUAUCAAGUCUGAUGUGGACAUGGCUACUAACACCGAGAACUCCUUAAACAAAAACCAACCAACAAAACACCAGUGUACGGGUUGUGAAUGUUCGAAGCUAUCACCAGACUUGGAGGGUUUGAAAUUAGACUUGGUUGUUUUGGAAUCGAAACUCAACCAUAAAAUCCAAGCCGUGGAAAACCAAAUAUUACGCAUGAACGAUUGCCGACCAAAAGAGCCGAAAAAUCAUGCAAAUCUCGAAAAUAUGUUGACAACCUCUACACCCAUUAGCAGCGGCGGCACGAACAAAACAAAAGAGGUUAGUAAUUCAAAUCCUCACAUUAAUCCCGUUGUUGUUCGGACCGCUAACGAUGCAUGCUUCACACCAAUAAAAGUACCGGAUAACACAGAAACUUUUAUGGCCAUAGAUCAGUCAUGCGAGAAAACGUCACACCAUGAUUUGGUGCCAUUGCCAAAAUCCAUCAAUCACUCACAAGAGGAAUUAACCCUGACAAAGGUAGUUUUCCCUGUUAGGAACAAUAGUGAACAGUCGAAAAUAGGCGAGCUUUCCCAUACGGGAAGCCGUACAAAUCCUAUUCAAAAAGAACAAAGCUGUCAUUAUAAUGUUCCUGGUAGGCAAUCUUGCUCUAGUUAUUUACAUGAUCGUGGUCAACAAUUUCGAAGCAUUCCAGUACGUAUCACUCACCGUCCACUGCCAGUAAACCCAGAGAAAGUAAAUAAACAUAGACGUGCGUACCGAAGUCAGGUUUUUCGACAUCGACAUCAGACGGACUGGCUCAGGCAUCUGGAGCUGGUCCGCAAAGUAAUUCGGUCAUAAACUGUUUCUAUUCUAACUAAUUGUUGUGCCUACGGUCCCUUCUACUUCUAAAUGUGAACUUACAAACUUAUUUGAUUUUCCCCUUCUUAAUGCCAGAUCGGUUAGAAACAAGACUAUGAUUAUUAAAGAUUUUGUUGUGGAUAAAGAUACUGAUAUUCUUGCUUUGACGGAAACUUGGCUCCCUCCAAGUGGGAACGAUUUGAUUAUUGGGGAUCUAUGCCCAACAGGUUAUAGUUUUCCGCAUACACCGAGACAUGGAUCAAUCGGUGGGGGCGUUGGUCUCUUAUUCAAGGAAAGUCUUAAUAUUAAGCGUAAUGUACAGGAGGUAUUUAGGUCAUUUGAAUACCUUGACAGUUCUUUUUUGAACUUUCUACAUAUUAGAAUUAUUGUUGUAUAUCGGCCGCCUCCUUCAUCGGCUAACUCAUUGACAUCUACUCUAUUCUUUGAAGAGUUCUCAUCCUUUUUGGAAGGAAUUAUUGUAUCACCCGGGCAACUCUUGAUAGCUGGAGAUUUCAAUUUUCAUCUGGACAAUCCUAAUGACCCUCUUACCAAACGGUUCGUGGAUCUUCUCGCUUCCUUUGAUUUGAAGCAGUACAUUUCUGGAUCAACACAUGCAAGUGGUCACACACUGGAUUUAAUUAUAACGCGAUCUGAAGAAAACAUUGUUAACCAUUACAAUAUCUUCGAUCCUCUGAUUUCUGAUCAUUCAGUUGUGCAUUUACAACUAUUGAUUAGGAAACCGAAGUUCGUGAAGAAACACUUGCUUCUUCGUAAUUUGCGGGCGGUUAAUAUUCAUAAAUUCAAAACGGAUGUACUAAAUUCUUUUCUUCUUAAGAAUUUUACGACUAUGGAUUUGGUAUCAUUGGUGAAUGAGUAUGAUUGUCUUCAUACUAUCUUAGAUAACCAUGCACCGAUUAAAUCCCGGGAAAUUACAUUGCGCCCUAAGGCACCCUGGUAUACUAACGAAAUCAAUGAUAAGAAACGAAUUCGGAGACAACUUGAGAGAAAAUGGCAUAAAACAAGGACGAAUGCUGAUUGGAAUCGCUAUAAACAACAAUAUUAUGCUGUAAAUAAACUUAUCGACUACUCAAAAUCGGCUUACUAUACCGACUUAAUUAAUAAUGGAUCAUCUGAUCAAAAAACCCUUUUCAAGACUGUAAGCAAUUUGCUGCAUACAAAUACGAUUAUUCGCUAUCCAUCUUCUCCUGACCCAAUGUCACUUGCCAACUCAUUUAGUGAUUUCUUCACUCAGAAAAUUGUUAAAAUACGAGGUGAUAUCGAAGAUGAACUCUUGAGUAAAAACAUAGAAAAUCCUAUACCUGAUGUUGAUUCAUGUCCUUAUGAAUUUCACACCUUCAGGGAGGUUGGAAAAGACGAAGUGCUCCAUUUAAUCCAACGUAUCGCAACUAAAUCCUGUUCUCUGGAUCCACUCCCGGUGGUCAUGCUAAAUCACUGUUUUAAAGACAUCUUACCCGUUGUAGCUAGAAUAAUCAACCUCUCCUUGGAAAGUGGUACAAUGCCUGACUCUUUGAAGAUUGCUGUUGUUCAACCGUUAUUAAAAAAGUACAAUCUUUCCUAUGAAGAAUUCUGCAGUUUUCGUCCAAUAUCAAAUCUGAAAUUUGUCUCGAAAUCUAUUGGGAAAGCAGUUGCUGUACAAUUAACUGAUUAUCUUACUGAAAAUCAUCUACAUGAGAAAUUCCAGUCUGCUUAUAAACCUUGUCAUAGUACUGAAACAGCGCUAUUGAGGGUUCAAAAUGAUAUCCUUCAAGCUCUAGAUAACGGUGAUUCUGUUAUUCUUGUCUUACUGGAUCUGUCGGCGGCUUUUGACACCGUGGAUCAUUUAAUGUUAUUAACAAGACUAUCGAAACGCUUUGGCAUAAGGGGUCGUGUGUUGGAUUGGCUUACCUCAUACCUUACAUCCAGGAAACUGUUCAUUCGUGUUGAGGGAACUGAUUCGUUAUUGAGUGAUCUUGAUUGUGGUGUACCUCAGGGAUCUGUGUUGGGUCCUCUGUUGUAUUCACUCUAUACUGCCCCUCUCGCGGAUGUGGCUAGGCGCCACAAUCUGCGCUUUCACUUUUUUUCUGAUGAUGGGCAACUUUACAUUGCAUUCAAAACGAAUGAUCGUGAUGAUUUAAUAUCAUCUAAGAUCCGUAUGGAGAAAUGUAUACUUGAAUUGGGAAACUGGUCGAUGUUGAAUAAAUUGAAACUAAAUAGUGGCAAAACGGAGCUUAUAUUAGUCCAUUCACGCUAUCAUCUGAUGCCUCCCCUAAAUUAUAUCAUGGUGGGAAAGGAAAAAAUUGUGCCAACUGUUUCAGCAAGAAAUCUGGGGGUGAUUUUUGAUGAGUGGAUCAGAUUGGGCGAACAUAUUAAUGGUAUCUGCAAGUCAGCUUACUACCAUAUUAGGAAUAUUUCAAGAAUUAAGAAGUAUCUACCUCGAAAUUGCUUAGAAAUAAUUAUUCAUGCAUUUAUAACUUCAAGACUGGAUUAUUGUAACUCCCUGUUGUAUGGUGUACCCAAAUAUUUGCUUCAGAAGCUUCAGAGAGUCCAAAAUACUGCAGCUCGUUUACUAACUGAUACUAAGAAAUCGGCGCAUAUCACCCAGUUCUUAUCGAAUUGCAUUGGUUACCUGUCCAAUACCGUAUUCAAUUCAAGAUUAUACUUCUUGUCUACAAAGCUGUUAAUGAUCUUGCUCCAUCGUAUCUGAAGGAACUUAUGCUGUGUCGUACUUCGCAGCGUACUCUUCGAUCAAAUGGAAAUGAAUUGCUCCAGAUUCCUUAUUCUAGACUAAAGACAUACGGAGACAGAUCGUUCUGUGUUGCUGGACCAAGAUUGUGGAAUGAUUUACCUGUUCAUCUUCGGAUGUGUGAAUCAUUAACCAUUUUUAAGAAGUUUCUUAAAACAUAUCUUUUUAACUUGUUUUUAAAUAGUGUAUGAUGUAUUCUAUAGUUUUAACAUUCUUAACACUAGUUUUAAGAUUGGAUUUUGUAUUACUGUAA